UAUAAAAUAAAAAACCCGCCGGAAAACCCUAAACCCACAAAACCCUCAAAUUCGUCUCUUCCAAUUGAACUCAAUUUCCCCUACUUUUCGGUUCCUGAAUUUUGCAGUUUCUUGAAAUCAAUUUACCCAUGGCGUCGGAGAUGGAUGUAGAGCAGAGGGAAACUAUCAACAAUGUCAUGAUUCUCUUGACGGACCCGGAAGGCACGCCUUUGGGAGCUCCCAUGUAUCUUCCCCAAAAUGCAGGGCCUCAGCAGCUUCAGCAAAUGGUCAAUAAACUUCUCAACAAUGAGGAGAAGCUUCCCUAUGCUUUUUACAUAUCUGACCAGGAGCUUCUUGUUUCGCUUGGUGCAUACUUAGAGAAAAACAAAGUUUCUGUUGAGAAGGUGCUGAAUGUAGUUUAUCAGCCACAAGCAGUAUUCCGCAUACGUCCUGUUAGUCGGUGUUCAGCAACAAUUUCUGGUCACGCUGAAGCCGUUCUUUCUGUUUCAUUUAGCCCUGAUGGGCGACAGUUGGCAAGUGGUUCAGGUGACACUACAGUUCGGCUAUGGGACCUUAAUACGCAGACACCACUAUUCACAUGUACAGGGCAUAAAAAUUGGGUUCUUUCUAUUGCCUGGUCACCGGAUGGGAAGCAUCUAGUAAGUGGGAGCAAAGCUGGUGAACUUUAUUGCUGGGAUCCACAGACGGGAAAACCAUUGGGAAAUCCGCUCACUGGCCACAAAAAAUGGAUUACUGGUAUUUCAUGGGAACCUUUGCAUCUAAGUGCCCCAUGUCGCCGUUUUGUGAGUUCUAGCAAAGAUGGUGAUGCACGCAUAUGGGAUGUUUCAUUGAAGAAAUGUGUUAUAUGUCUCAGUGGCCAUACUCUUGCAAUAACUUGUGUCAAAUGGGGCGGAGAUGGAGUUAUAUAUACAGGCUCUCAGGAUUGUACCAUCAAGGUUUGGGAAACUAAGCAAGGAAAACUAAUUCGUGAAUUAAAGGGACAUGGUCAUUGGGUUAACUCUCUUGCACUAAGCACUGAAUAUGUCCUCCGCACGGGUGCUUUUGAUCAUACAGGGAAACAAUUCUCUUCCCCGGAGGAAAUGAAGAAGGUUGCUCUGGAAAGGUAUAAUAAGAUGAAAGGCAAUGCCCCUGAAAGAUUGGUUUCAGGAUCUGAUGAUUUUACCAUGUUUCUAUGGGAACCUGCAGUCAGCAAGCACCCUAAAACCCGCAUGACAGGUCAUCAACAACUUGUGAAUCAUGUUUAUUUCUCACCCGAUGGGCAAUGGGUGGCCAGUGCAUCCUUUGAUAAGUCUGUGAAACUGUGGAAUGGCAUUACGGGAAAAUUUGUUGCUGCUUUCCGGGGUCAUGUUGGGCCUGUUUAUCAAAUCAGUUGGUCUGCUGAUAGUAGGCUUCUUUUAAGCGGCAGCAAAGACUCCACCCUGAAGAUUUGGGAUAUCAGAACACACAAGUUAAAAGAGGACCUUCCAGGCCAUGCCGAUGAGGUUUUUGCUGUUGAUUGGAGUCCGGAUGGUGAGAAGGUGGCUUCUGGAGGCAAGGAUAAAGUACUAAAGCUAUGGAUGGGCUAAGAGUAACUGAGGGCGCCAAUUCAAUUAUGUGGAAGUCUUAAAACGUGUCAACGGAUGCAUGCAUCACAAUCGCACUGCAAAAAGGCAUACAUGUUGAGUGAUUAAGACAACCCAAAAGAAUGGGUAGCAGAAUCAGUCAUGCAGGUUGGAUUUUGCACUUACAUUAUGGUUCUGCUAUGGCUGCUGAUGUUUUUGGCAGGCUUUGGGGUUCGGUCUCAAACCAUUGGCUCACUCUGCUUUGGAUGAUUGCUGCAGAUACUGUCUGGAGAAUAUGCAGUACAUGACCUGAUAUGCUAUUCUAUCUUGGCUGGUUUAUUAUAUUCUUACAGUUUAGAGAACAUGUCCACCAGUAUUCGUAAUUUCCAUUGCUUAUUAUAUCUUUUGACUCUAGUAAUAGAUAUUAACUUAUAUUCUAGAAUUGGUAUCUAUUUGUUAUAUGUGUAGCACAUUUUCUUUUCUAUGCAAAGAUUGAACCAAAGAAACCCAAAUUGUAUCACGGCAACCAUAUCAGUUAUUUUAAUUGAGUUUUGCUGAGGA